AUGCCCAGUGGCUACUCUUAUUCUACAUCAACAUAUACAUCACAUGAAGAUGAUGAAGAUAUCAGUUUUAAGAAAAUUGGGUCAUUUUUCAAUUCCCUUAAAAGUGAAGGGAAGCCAUUGCUUUCAAAAUUGGCAAAUGAGGCACGUACCAAGGGCUCUACGCUCAUGUCGGAAAAUCUAGCUAGAUUUUCCGACAAUCCAGACUACAAUUCUUCUAAUAUGAGAUCAGAGUUCAUUGAUCUGAAGGAUACCUCAGGGGCCAGAGAACCACAAACCACGUACGAUGAAAACGGCAACACAAUGCUUGAAGUACCUGAGAAUUCGGAGAUUACAAUAUAUCCAUCGUACACCCUAUAUAAGGAUGGUAAUUAUUAUGUGGAGGUUCGUGGAUGGUUGACAGCACCAGGAACGAUGAACAGAAAAAACAGGAUUGUAUUUUCUUUAGCUAAGCAGCUAAUAAAGCCAGGUAGCAGCAAAACUGCCGAUUUUUUGGCUUCCAAUUUUGCUAUGCAAACAACCGGUCAUCCUGGUAAUGCUAACAGCUUAUCACUGGCUUACAAAGACGACGACACAUUGUCUUUGAGGUCUUCGGCAAGUGAUAAUUCUCUAAGUGGCCUGACUAUAUUUUAUGAUUCCAAUGAUGCUAAGUCUCUUAAUACACCAGAGGAGGUUCUACGGCAACGGAUUGCCUAUUUCUUUGCUAAAUCAUUGACAAAUGUGCCGCUAACGAUAAUUAUUUGUUCAGAAGAAAAGCUUUCUCCAGAAGAUCUUAUCACUGAGAGGGUAGAAACAGAUUUGAAUGGGAAAUUUGAACUCACAAUACGCACUCCUUACAAACCAUCCUUGGUACAAGUAAUGGUGAGCAAUUAUUCCUCAGAACCCACUCUUUCAUUCCAAGAAGUGCUUUACAUCGAGCCAGAAGGUAUUAGCGUAAUCUCGGAUAUUGAUGAUACCAUUAAGCAUACCGAGGUCACUAGUGAUAAAAGGACGGUUUUCAACAAUGUGUUUGUAAAAGACUUGAAAGAUCUGGCAAUCGAAGGUACGGCUAAGUUUUACUGGAACUUAUUCGAAAACCAUCAUUGCCUAUUUCAUUAUGUCUCGAAUAGCCCUUGGCAAUUGUAUCCAACUAUUAGAAAAUUCUUUGAAAUUCAGAAAUUUCCACCGGGCUCUAUCCAUUUAAAGCAAUAUACCGGUAACAUCUUAUCAUCUCUUAUGGAGCCUGCUGUCGAGAGAAAGAGAAAUACGUUGUACAGAAUUUUCGAGGAAUUCCCACGAAGAAAGUUUUUAUUAAUUGGAGACACUGGUGAGCAAGAUUUCGAUGCUUAUUUGGAUGUUAUGAGAAAGUUUCCUUCACAAGUAUUGAGAAUGUACCUUAGAGUUGUUCCAGGAUCUUUGAGCGAUUUUAACGAUAUUAAAGUUCUUAGGGAAUUGAGAAGAUUGUUGUCCUUGAGAAACGAAAAACUACAAUUGAAAAAAGACUACAGGAAAUUCGCUGCAAAUUUGAAUGAAAAACAUAUCAGCGACAGACCUGGGCCAGCUCUACCCCCAAGAAGUAAUAUACAAAAUAAUAGCACCCUGGCUGAUGAUAGUUCUUCGCCAGAAACGUCUGAGGACGAAAUGGAACAGCCAGACUACGAUUGGAAUAUUUUAUCUCACCAGCCUAACGCCUCCAAUUCUGCGCAUUCUUUGGAACUAACGUCAUUGAUAUCUGCUGAGGCCAAGGCAACCGCUGCCAAGGCUAUGACGCCAGAGGGGUCUGCCGUUUCAAUUGUUUUUCCAAAGAAAAAACCGCCGCUUCCUCCAAGAAGGGCGAUAUCCGGUCCAAUUUCUAAUGAUGAUGCAAAUAUCCCUAAGGUUGAACAAAAGAAAAAACCACCAGCCGUUCCAAGAAAGCCUGCUAUCUUGAAAGCUCCGCGUACUGGAAGUGAAUCAAACAGUACAACCGCGGAAAGUGCCGGUACUGCUAAACCAAAGAAGAAGCCACCAGUGGCUCACAAAAAGCCUUCAAACUUACAAUCCACAUAUUUUGAAAAUAAUUCAUCGCUCAGCAUAAGCUCGGGCAACUCUGAUAUUACUCCAGGAUUGAAUAAUAAUCAUAGUACCGAUAGCUUGAGAACUAAGAAGUCUUCUACUGCUCCGGCACCUCCAGUAUCAAGAAUGCUCAGAAAAGCUUCAACUGAGUGUUCUAAUGUGAACUUUAUACCAACGAGUGGUCUCUCUCCACGUACUGCCCCAUUACCACAUAAGUCUAACUCCUUCAUCACUUCCGAUGCUCCAUUGAGUUUUGACCAAACAAUAGUUAAACACGCAGCAUCGGAUGUCGGAAUAAUUACAUCCAGUUCUUCCCAAGCUACCCAAUUUGUUGAUCGGAAAGCUGAGUUAUGGUUACAAAAGGUAUCCUUGGCAAUCAACAAUGGCUUGAUACCUGAACAAGUCCAAAUAAUGUUUUGGGUUGCGCCUCUGGACAUCGAAGAUGAUUGCUAUGGUUUAUCAGAAAUACUCAAGGCCAAAUAA